UUCCUUGCAUUUCAAUUUCAUUGCAUUGCUUUGAAUUCAGUGAUGGAAGGAAAGUACACUGAAUUCUCACAGCAUUUGAAGAAACCUAGAAUUUCAGAAGAAAGCAAUUCGAGAAUCAAAACUGAACUUUGCAGAAGAUUCAUGCAUGGUCUUUGUGCUCAUGGUGACAAAUGCAACUACGCUCAUGGCUACUCUGAACUCAGAACUGCCCCCAAACUAUGCAGAAUGUUCAUGUACAACAGACACUGUACCUAUGGUAACACUUGUCGUUACCUUCAUUCAGCAGUUCCUCUUCAUCAUCAUCAUGAUCAUGGUGGUCAUCAUUCUCAAAUCAAUGUCUCUUCUGCUGCAAAACCAGAACUAGGGACAGUGCAGAAUGCAAAACCAGGGACAAAGGAGAAUGCAGGAAGCAAGAUCAUGCAAACUAGUGCUGCUGCUGCUACAACUGGUGGCCACACUUCUGCACAAAACAACAUAGUGCCAACUUCUAGUUCUGCUCCUGCUACAAAUGCCUCAACUAGCCCAGCUGCGGCAACUACCUCUUUCCAUAAGAAUGGACCUUAUGCCUGUAAAACCAUAAUCGACGAAAAGAAACUGCAAAGGGUAAGCCGCAUCUAUGGUGAUUGGAUUUAAGAUGUAUCGGUAUCACUGCACAACAUAGUCCUAAGCAAACUGGACCAGUGGAGACUUGCUUAUGUUUUUUUUACCGAGAGUUGCGGGGAAAGAUUCAAAAGUUUUACUUCACUAGUAGUCUGACAUAGUUUGUUGAGGAUUGUGUCUCAGUUUUAGUUUUCAUUUUUUUUUCUUAUUGGCAAGGUAUAUGCUUCAAUAUUUCCUGCAGAUAUAUAUGUAAAUCCUUGUAAAUUUUUUACUCUCAAAUGCUUUGGCAUUAUGGCGCAUCAUUUGAAUGCAUUUU